GAAUUUGGAGAAAACUUGAAAAAGAAGCUAUACAGCUAACAGGCUUAGAAGCCUUGACAAAAUUAGAUCUAACAUUAAAGACUUACAAGCAUCAAGCAGCUUAUAAGCUUAAGCAAAGUAACUCAGUUAAAAAAGAAGGCAAGCAGAAUCUUGAUCAGCUUUGUAAAACACUUUUAGAA